AUGCAGACUCCCGCUCCGGCUCCACAGACCUCGUCCCCCGUCGGUGCUGGGGAAAGCAAGCCCAGGAACCAGUACCAUUUCCGAGCCCUCAAGAGCUGUGGGGUCUUUGAUGGCUAUCCGCAGUUCUCGCCCCUCGGCUCAUUCCAAUCGCCAGGAGAGAAUGUCAAGGCACUUGUCUACAGCUCGGACGGGAGGCGAUACGCAGUGGCAUCCCCGAGCGACGUCGUAGUCUGUGACGCCGAAUCGAGCCAGGAAUUGCGCCGACUUCCCCUAGCCGGGGUCAUUGAUAUCAAGUUUUCGCCCAAAGGCACCUGGAUCGGCACCUGGGAGAGAUAUGUCAAGCCUACCGUGGAAGGAGCUCAGCAUAAGAAUAUGAGGAUCUGGGAUAUCACUACGGGCGAAGAAGUGGCCAGCUUUUCUCAAAAAUCGCAAGAAGGAUGGAUGCUUCAAUUCACCGAAGACGAGUCACGAGUGUUGCGGCUAGUAUCCAGCGAAAUCCAGGUCUUCAACCCGGCCUCGUUCGAUUCUGGCGUAGUAUCGAAAUUGAAGCUCGAGGGGAUGUCGGAAUUCAAGCUGAGUCCGGGGCAGAACCCGCUGAUCAGCGCGUUCGUUGGGGAGAAGAACGGUGCACCAGCCUCGGUGAAGAUCUACCCGCUCGCCGGUCUCAAGGACAGCUCGCCCGCAGCCCUCACCCAGAAAACGUUCUUCAAGGCCGACAAGAUCCAGAUGAAGUGGAACCGCUCCGGUACCAGCGUCCUCAUCCUCACCCAGACUGACGUCGAUAAGACUGGCAAGAGUUACUACGGCGAAACAAAUCUGUACAUGCUCAGUGCCAACGGCCAUUUUGAUUGUCGAGUUUCCCUAGAUCGAGAAGGCGGCAUCCAUGACUUUGUGUGGUCUCCUAGUGACAAAGAGUUUACCGUGAGCUAUGGCUAUAUGCCCGCAAAGACGACGAUCUUUGACCUGCGCUGUAACGUCAUCCAUGACUUCGGGACAGCGCCGCGCAACUUCAUCUCGUACAAUCCGCAGGGCCGGCUGCUGUUGAUCGCCGGCUUCGGGAACCUUGCGGGCACGAUGGAGAUCUGGGACCGCCGCACGCUGGAGAAAGUGGCGACGAUCGAGGGCUCGAAUACGUCCCAUUGCGAAUGGAGUCCCGACGGCCGCUUCAUCCUUUGUGCCACCUUGAGUCCGCGACUUCGGGUCGAUAACGGCGUUCGUAUCUUCCACUAUCGCGGCCAACUCAUCCAUGUCAACCCGAUCGAACAUCUCUACGCGGCUUCGUGGAGACCGCGGGAUGCGGAGCUGUUCCCGUUCCGGAUAUCCCUCUCACCUGCGCCCAAACCCACUGGCAACGCGGCCACUCCUCCCCCAGCCACGCCAGCUAAACCGGCCGGCGCUUAUCGACCACCUCAUGCCCGAGGAACAACGACCCCGAGCCACUUCAAACGGGAAGACGAGGGAGGAGCGCCAUACGUUGCGCCGACCAACGGGGGCACGAAUGGCCACAGCACCCGGGGACGAGGGGGCGGUCCGCCGGGCGCAGCGCCUCGCAGGGGCGUUCCUGGGGCUGCACCGAAGACGAACGAGGUGCCCGGGCAGCAGCAGAAGAGCAAGAAGAAGCAGCACCAGGCUGUCGACGCCAAGCCGCACCCAUCCGGCCAGCAGGACCACCACGCAGCUGCGACUCCGAACGGGAAACUGGAGCCCAGCGCGGCUGCGCCUCCUCCGCAAGCCGAGCCGGGCGACGAGACCACCCCGCUCGGCGCCCUCUCGCCCGAGGACAAGAAGCGCAGGUCGCUGAUGAAGAAGCUCACCGCCAUCGAGCAGCUCAAGGAGCGUCGAAAGAGGGGCGAGAAGCUCGAGAUCACCCAGCUCAAGAAGAUCGACUCGGAGGCCGAGACACGGAAGGAAUUGGAGGCCCUGUAG